UGUUGUCCAAGCAGAGCCUCGCGGUCCUGGGGAAGGUCAAGCCGGAGCGAAACAAAAUCAAGAAGAUCGCCAACAUGAACAUCGUCUGGAAGUACUUGGGAAACACGGUGAAGCUGGUGGGGAUAGGGCCGACGGACAUCGUGGACGGUAACGUCACGCUUACUCUCGGCAUGAUCUGGUCCCUCAUCGUGUUCUUCAUGGCCUUAGACCUAGGGGACGCCGGGGACGGCCUGACCGUGCUCAAGAAAAGGAUCAUGGAGUGGAUGACCCGGAGGACGAAAGACUUCCCCGACGUCGAGGUGACCAACUUCACGACCUCUCUCGCCGACGGUCGGGCCUUGCUGGCUGUCUUGAACGACUACGACCCGUCCCAGAGCCCGUACGAGCCUUCCGACAGCCCGGCGGAUAACCUCAAGAGGGCGUUCGAGGAUUUCCAACGCCUGUAUGGCGUCGGCUCUAUCCUAGACCCAGACGACCCCCAGUGCUGCGACGACGAGAAGGCCAACAUCACGUACCUCGCGGAGCUCAUGAAGGCCAUGCCAGAGCACGAAGAUGACGACGGGGAGGGUGGGGGCCGGAGAGGGCGGAAGGGAGUUGGGGAAGCGGCGGCCGUAGUGAACACCCGUCAGGCGGCUAUCAAGAUCUCGGAAGAUUCCUUCCCCGAGACGGUGGUCGGUCGUCUGAGGGAGCUGUGCGCCUUCGGGCCUGGCGACGGGGUGGCUUGUGCGUCGAGGGUGGCGGAGAUGAUGAGGGAUGCUGGGCUCGACGACGUGGUCGAACCCUCCCAAGGCCGCGAAGACGCCUCCAUGAGGGGAGACCCCAUAGUGGUGGGUGAGAAAGCCGGCCCUCCUGGAUCUCCCACCGUACUGUUCUACGCGUCGUACGGGACUGUCGAUGAAUCGUCAGAGGCGGGACCGGCGGAAGGAUCCGGAUCACUUGCGCAGGGCUCCACGAUCAAGAACGACAUUGAGCGCUGGGCGUCCGACCCGCUCUGUCUGACCCCUACCAAGAGACCCUCCUCCUCCUCCUCUUCCUCGCCCAGUCAAGUGGCGGGGAGCCCUAAGGGUGGCGAGCGCCUCGCGGCCAGGGGGUCUGCCCAGGACAAGGCCAACGUGGUUUGCCAGAUAGCGGCAGUGGAGGCGAUGCUGGAGGGGGGGGCGGGGCUGCCGUGCGGGGUGAAGGUAGUGGUCGGGGCUACGCCCCCCCCCGGUUCCGUGUCCGGCGACACCCCUUUGGAGGUGGCGGACCGCUUGGCGGACUUUCUGAGGGCGCACCCGUCGCUGGCCGGCCUGCCGGACCUCGUCGUUGUUUCCGAGCCCGCUGGCUCCCGGCUGGCCCCCGACAAGAACGUUCUCCUCGUAGGCUGCAGGGGCUUCGCCUUCCUCGAGGUAGCGGUAAGCACUUUCGAGGACGGCUCCGGCCACCGCCGCGGAUGCGCGGACUUCGGGGGUCCGCUGAUCGAUCCCGCCAGGGUCCUGGCCAACAUCAUCGCCUCCUUGCACCACCCGGAGACCGGCGAGCUGAGGGUGGAAGGGGUUUCCGAUCUCGCUCCGAAGGAGGGGGGGGCUCUGGCGGAGGGGAUCGGGGGCCUCCGGUACGGCGAGGGGCAGCUGCGGCGGGACACGGGUUACUCUCCGGAGGUGGCCUGCGCAAGGGGGCUGGCGCUCCUGCCCGCGGUAACGGUUACGUCCAUCUCAACGACGCCUCCUAAUUCCUCUUCCGACGGCGGCGGCGGCUCGCUGCUGGGGUCUAGGUUUCCAGCGACGGCGACCGCGGGGAUACACAUGUGCCUUCCCCCGGGGGCCGAGUACGCCUCCGCUGUGCGGGCGUUCCAGUCGCACUGCGCCAAGCUUGCCCCGCAUGGCGCCAAGGUUCGGUUCGACAAGGUUCUCGGCAGGGCCGGCUGGCUCGCCACGACGUCGGGUUAUCCCAUGGUCAGCGGCGUUUGGGCGUCUCUGAGGGAAGCAGACGGCCGAGAGGCGGGGGGUCCCGUGGACGGGGGAGGGAGGGAGACGGUCCUGGCGUCCAACCCAGGUUUUUCGGCCAUCCCGAGCGCGUUUGCGCGGGCCCUCCCCGACUCCACCGUCGUCGGUCUCGGCGUUAACGACCCGGAGUCCAAGGGAGGCUCGGCGAACGAGAGCGUGCUGGUGGACGACCUCAAGGGCUUCGUGCGGAGCGCCGUUUGUCUGGUCCACGGUGUAGCGGAGAGCGGCGGCAAGGAGGGGAAGGCGGGUUCCCCCCCCGGCGGCGUCAAGGAAGGAGCGAGAGAGGAUGCUCCGACUGCCUACUCCAACCGGUUUAUCGACGACCUUGAUCGCCGGAACGCCGUGAACCAGCUGAGGGGGGGAGGGAAGCUGUCCAACGUCUCUUCCCCGGCGGGAUCGGCCAACACAACCCCUAGGGGAACGAAAUCAAGGGGCAUCACUCACAGCGGCGCGGGCGGGAGCCCUGUGAGAUCACGCUCUCCCGCAUCACGCUCUCCGUCCCGAUUCAGCACUCUGGAGCGCAACCUGGAGAGGGAAGGCGGGGGGGGGGGAGCUGGCGGCUUCUCCGCGGGCGGUGUCGGCGGGGGGCCCUUGACGCCCAACACGAAGCAUCCGCUGUCUCCCAACCGGCCACCCUCGAGGGGAGGUGCUGGUGGUCUCGGCGUGAUGACCCCACCCACUCCCGGCGGUAGCGCUGUGAUGGCGGGGGACGAGGACGACGACAAGGUCGGCGGGGGAACGCCGGAGACUGUGCUUGCCGAGAUUAACGAGCUUAGGGCUGACCCCAAGGGAUACGCUGCCAAACUAGAGGCUCUGCAGGAGUUCUACGACAAGGGCAUGUACCAGUCUCCCACCGGCCCUCCGGUUCAGACGACGGAGGGCGUGAAACCGCUUUUGGAGGUGGUGGCGAUGCUCAAGACCACCGAGGCUCUGGCGCCCUUGGAGAGCAAGGAGGGGAUGCAGCAGGCGGCAGCCGAUCACGUCAGGGACCUCGCGGAAACAAGCAGAACCGGACACUCCGGCUCCGACGGCAGCGGCGCCGCGGAUCGCAUGAACCGCUACGGCCAGUUUUUCCAGGUGGCCGGAGAAGUGUGCACAUACUUCGACGCAACGGCCGAGGGCAUCGUGGCCCAGCUGCUUGUUUCCGACGGGGAGAGAUCGAGGCAUAACCGCAAGGCCCUCUUGGCAGCGCACUUCAAGGUCUGCGGCAUCGCCAUCGGCACCCACCCGACCGUGGGGGCGGCGUGCGUGAUCACUCUCGCGGGCGGUUACGGUCCACGGCCCCUGUCAAGAUCGGCGGACGUGGUGUGCGAGGCUGGCUCGGCGCCGUCGGCGGAGUUCAGGGAGGUCCUGGAGAGCAUACCGGUCCCGCAGAUCACGGAGGAGGUCAACAAGUGUGUCAAAGUCGGGAUGGAAGUGCAGCUUCAGUACACUCCGGGCUCGAUCAAGUGCACCUUUGUGCAGGCCUCCGGCGCGCGCAAGAGCAUGGGCUGCAAAUGGGCUUGAUCACGCCCGCCCCAUAUGGUGCUCAGACAAGCAACAAGCUAUGAUAGCUCAGCUUGACCAGUCCCGCCCGUGUGGUGCACAGAAAAGCUAAUAAGUAGGUAGGCUCCCCCCGGAGCACAUAUAUUGAUGUUGUCCGCUGGUCUCUUUGUGGCACCAAGGCCGAGGCGGAGAAAAGCCUUGCCAUUGUACAUGGAGCAACCGCCAGCCAUGAUGUAGAAGUAAAUCAUGUCAUGAUUCCGCGAGCAAAAUCUGAUCAACUCGCAAUGAUCAGUUACUGAAUGAUAGUUUCCCCCGAAAAAACGGUGGAAACCGGUAUAAAUAGGGGACGCAAAUGAAUGGCAACAAGCCCAUAUCCCGUUCUGGGCACAGUAGUAGAUGUGCCAAAAAGCUGAGUCGUGAAAGACUUUAGUCAACCCCCCUACAUGCUGUCUUGACGGUCGGUUCAUUUCCCUUUGUGUGCUGUUGUGGGUGCGGCGGGAGGGGAAGGCUGGUAUUCCAUGAGAGAGGCGAGGGGGAUUUGGCCGAAAAUAAUAACUCCCUGAAUUUACCUUUGCUUGAUUUCUGUUCCUAGAAAUGUGUAUGCAUACAACACCCUUUAUUGGGUAUACGGGAGUAGUUGGGCUGUGACCACGGAAGGAAGGCGUCCGCCUUAGUUGGACCGGCAUGGAUAUCAGAAGGUAACGACAAGAGACCGGAACGGUUUUGAACCCUUGCGUGACUGAAAUCAUCUGACCUGUUUCGGCGUAUCGGCAGAAGCUGGGGGUCUUCGUUCCCACGUGGUUGGACUGGUUAUUGAAGUGCAUCAGGUUGAGCCGGGCUCACAAUCGGCUCCAUGCAAAGUCCUUACAUUUUUUUUUUUUUUAGGGUUUUCAGGCUCAAUCCUGGGCUGGUCAAGUUCAUAGGUUGCAAGAACAUUCUCAAGUUUUAGUUCGAGGUGGUCGUGAACCUGAUUUACCACCAAGUGGCGGGUGAGAGGUACAAGUAGCUCAACCUGUGAAAACAGCAAGGUUCCCAUAAGUACAGUACCAGUAUGCUUAGUACAGUAUCUCAGACUCCCGUUCGACGGUCCGUCACGUGUGCUUUGGCUUAAAACCCCGACGCAGUUGUUGUUCUCAACCUCGACCUCGGCGAUUGAUUGAUUGCUGUGCGCACCCACGGUCUGUGGUUGAACGUCGGGGUGCGCAAGCUGGAAUCCCACCCAUGCUCAUGGCAGGUACUUGAUCGACCUCGUAAGUCGCGAGGGA